AUGGGGCGCGCGCCGUGCUGCGAGAAGAUGGGGCUGAAGAGGGGUCCGUGGACGGCCGAGGAAGACAGGGUCCUGGUGGCGCACAUCGAGCGCCACGGCCACAGCAACUGGCGCGCGCUGCCCAAGCAGGCGGGCCUGCUCCGCUGCGGCAAGAGCUGCCGCCUCCGCUGGAUAAACUACCUGCGCCCGGACAUCAAGCGCGGCAACUUCAGCCGGGAAGAGGAGGACGCCAUCAUCCAGCUCCACCAAAUGCUCGGCAACAGAUGGUCGGCAAUUGCUGCCAGGCUGCCGGGGAGGACGGACAACGAGAUCAAGAACGUCUGGCACACUCACCUCAAGAAGCGCCUGGAGCCUACUAAGCCAGCCAGCCAGGCGCCCAAGCGCAAGCGCAAGCCCAAGCAGCAGCAGCAGCAGCCGGAGGCCGUGCCGACGACGCUCGAGGGCCCGACGACCGGCGCCGUAGUGCCGGUGUCGCCGGAGCAGUCACUGUCCACGUCGACCACCAGCACCACCACUGACUACUCGGCGGCGGCCUCGUCGAUGGAGAACGCGGACAGCUUCACCUCGGAGGAGGAGGACUACCAGAUUGACGACAGCUUCUGGUCCGAGACGCUGGCGAUGACGGUGGACAGCUCCGACAACUCCGGGAUGCAGGCAGAGGGCAGCACCUUCGGCGCGUCGUCGUCGGCGCCGUCGACCAACGAGGACGACAUGGACUUCUGGCUCAAGCUGUUCAUGCAGGCCAGCGACAUGCAGAAUUUGCCCCAGAUUUAG